AUGUGUGACGCUCUCGAGACAGGGUUUGACGAAGUGAAGUGGAAAUGGCACUACCCACGCACGCUCCUCAACCUUCUUCUCGUCUCGCGCCAGCUCUACGCUGAGACCAAAUUCUUAAUCUUCUCCACAAACAUGUUCGCUGGAUGCGCGGAGGAUCUAGGCGCGAUCUUCCUUACAAAGACGAGCCACGAGCAACUGAGUACAGUGCGGACCAUUGGUUUGCUGGUGUCGGAAAUCACGUGUGUUGCAAACUGCCCUGAGCAAGUCAUCGAUAGGAUUUCUGGUAGCUAUCCAGCCCUGCAGAAUUUGUCAAGUCUCAAGACACUCGUGAUACUUUGGCUUCGAGUAGUCCCUGCGGGUUUCGGUGAUCGAGGCAAACUUCAUGAAGCUCUGGAAAAGAUUGCGAAGGGCGAGAUGGGCAAGCUUAUGCCGGACAAGGACCUCGAAUGUGAGGCGACCAAAUGGCAUUGUUGCGAAUCCUGCGAUGCCAUAGCGGACGCAGACGACAAUGACGAAGAUGGUGACGACAGUGACGAAGAUGAGGAUAGUAAGAAGUACAGCGAGGAAGAUCAAGCAUAA